GGAGGAAGUUUGUCAGAAAAGACCCUCUCUGAGCCCAAGACUGAUUACCAGAGGUGUCUCCAUCGACUGCCACCCACCUAAAGUCGAUAGUACUCAAAUGAGUACGCCGGUGUGGACUAUAUAAGAGAAGCGCAUGGCCCUGAAGGGCGCAUCCCCCGUCUCCGGGCGCAGCACCGAGCGCCCCACUCCGCGCCCGGCGGAGCCUCCGCGGGGACACGGGCUCUCCCACGGCGGCACAGCCGCUCGCUGCGCAGCCCGCACGCACCCGGCCGGACUCGCCUCUGCCUGAAGCGCCGCAGAGAUGCGAGGGGCGAAGAAGCGCCAGGCGCUGCCCGCCAUCGUGCUCCUGCUGCUGGCCUCGGCCCCGCCGCCGCCGGGCGCCGAGGGCAGGGACGUGCCCGCCGCCGGAGCCGAGCGGGGGGCGCUCCUCGACAUCCUCCUCCAAGCCCUGGGCGACGACGGCCGCCCGCUGCCGCCCCGCCCGCCGCGGAGGGAGCGGGUGAUCUCCCGGCGGUACAGCGGCGGCGGUGCCCCUCCGACAGAGCCCCGCGCCGCCGCCGCCGCCCCGCCGCCCCCGCGGCUCCUCGCUGCCGCCCGGCACGGAGAAAUUUUUCCGAGGGAUUCCAGUCUAAAGGACAAAUUCAUAAAACAUUUUACAGGGCCAGUCACAUUUUCCUCAGAGUGUAGCAAGCACUUUCAUCGACUGUAUCACAACACAAGGGACUGCUCAACGCCAACCUAUUACAAAAGGUGUGCAAGAUUGCUAACGAGAUUAGCAAUGAGCCCUUUGUGUACACAGUCCUAGGAUGUUUGCUAAACUUUCUACCAAGGAGAGAAUUCUGAUUUGCCAAGAAAGUGCCUUGAAAUCUUCAAAAAUGGAGAAGACAUCUUUUAUCUUUUUGAUUUACAAUGUUUUGUUACUAGAUGCAUUUUAUUUUCAUAUAUUUGUCCGACAUUCCAUAUUUGUGUGAAACAUUAUUUUAUUUUGUAAAUUUGUUGCCUAUAGUUCAGACAAGUCAAUUAUUUAAAUACAUUGUAUAUGAAGAAUACUAAUGAUAUACUGAUCAAAUGUUAUAACCGUAUGCAGGGAGUUGGUAAAAUUUUGCUAUUUCUCUUGUUCCGUUGUAUUUACAUCGUUCUGCUCAGGCUCUUACUCUCAUUAUUUGCACUAACUUGAAAUGCAGAAGUCUGUGUAACUGAAAUCUGAAUAAGCUGUAAGUGGGGAAGUUUUACUUGCCAUGGAAGAUAUUUUAUAUUAUGAAGGUUUGUUAAUAUAUACAUAUAUAUUAUUGUGCAUCAGAAAAAAAUUGCUCAGAAAUGCACCUUGCUUUCAGGAACAUUUGUAUGACUAUUCUGGAUUUUCAUCAGUUACAUUUGUACUGGCACUUAUGGAAAGAGUUGCAAAUAAUGUAAAUAUAAAGACUGGAAAACUGCAAUGCAGUUUCGGUGGAAUAAAGAACAUAAAAAUAAACUAUUUUACAGGAGGGGUGAUUUAAGUAUAUUAGGAGGUCACUUAUAUACAUAUUAAUAUAUAUUUAAUCUACUGGUGAACUUGAAAUGAUCUACCACUGCAAUCUUCAAUCUUGUGGGUUUAGUAUUUCACAACAUUUCAUUUUCAUGAGGUAUAUUUUAUGCAGCCAUUUAUUCUUCAGCUGAAUAAGGUGAAAACAAAACUGCAUCAUGUACCUAAUGUGAACAACAGAAAACAUCUGCAAGUAUGCAAAGAGGGUAACAAAAAAGUCUAACAGAAGAAAAAAUGCUUUAAAGUAUAAUAUCGUAAAUCCAAGGGGUAUAACGAAUGAAUUUGGUUGGUGAUACAUCAGUCUUAAAUAGUUGGGAAGACUCCAAGGCACAACUGCAAUAUAUUCUUUAUUUAAAAUCUUAUUAUAUUGGUAACAUUUGCUAUCCAUUUUCUAUCUCAUGUCUUUGAUUGCAAGCUCAUGUCGUUGUGUUACAAAGCACCUAGUAUCCAGUGAGGGUUUUACUCAGACCCAGAGCAGUUGACAAUUGAUUAUGCAUUGAUUACUAUGUUCAAACCACAGUUCUUGAGAUUAAUUGACCAUUCAAGCUAAUACCUUCAGAUUAAAUAUUAUCUCUACCCUUUUCCCACUGUGGGCUUCAGGAGCUCCUUAGCUUCUAUGUCCAGCACUGUGCCCUCUACAGAAUAGUAGGAAAUACAAAUAGCAGGAAAACUUUGCCCUGGGAUUCCUCAUCAAAUAGCAGAGUUGCCUUGUUAUCCAGUGGAGUUUUCUUCCUUCUUUUGAUAUGUUUAGUGUAUUACUGCAGAAAAGUUGUGCAGUGUCUUCUGAUUCUCUAAGCAGUCCACCGUACAACUUUCAGAAGUACUUACUCCAUCUCCAGUCCAAGGUAGAAGGUUGUCCUGUGCUCUUUGUAUUUGUGAUUCACUGGAUCGGUUUUCAAACUUCCUACAGUCAUGUUCUUUUGGUAAAAGCAAAGUUUCCAAGUAUCCUAAUCCAGGUUGGAAGCAAUAUUCACACUGAAAAUCCCAGUGUUUUGAAUGGUGGGAAGGAUACCUUUAUAUCUCUGUGAGUACCAUACUUCAGAGAAGAAUUAUUGGCUAGAACACUUCAGCAGAGGAGAAAGAAUGAGGCUCAUAACAGGCAAUCAGGCUCCAAGAAAAACAUUUGUCUUUAGUCCUGCUUUGAUAUUUCCACUCUGGUUUGCUGGCUUCUUGGUCUAAAAAAAAUUCUCCUUUCUUUCCUCAAGGUACUGAAAAAAAUUCAAGUAUUUGUGGGUUUUUUUCCCUAAAAAAUACUUUUUGUGACAUCUAAAUUCCAAUGAGGAGACCUAAUUUGGAUUAUGUAAUAAAAUUUUUGAGCUCAAAUCUGAUGUGGUAAAUAAAGAG